AUGAUAGAGUUUGAUAUGUCCGAUUUAGGAAGAAUGAGGCACUUUCUUGGAAUGGAAGUGCUGCAAAAUUCUGAUGGUAUUUUUAUUUGUCAAAGAAGAUAUGCACGAGAAGUGUUAGCAAGAUUUGAGAUGGAAAACAGCAAUAGUGUGAAAAAUCCAAUUGUACCAGGAACAAAGUUGUCAAAAGAUGAAGGAGGAACUAAAGUUGAUGCAACAUUGUUCAAACAAAUGGUUGAGAGUCUCAUGUAUUUAACUAUAACUCGUCCUGACUUAAUGUAUGGUGUAAGUCUCAUAAGCAGGUAUAUGUCUAGACAAACCAUGUCACAUUGGUUGGCAGCCAAAAGAAUUUUGAGGUAUUUAAAAGGGACAACUGAGCUAGGCAUUCUCUACACAAAGAAUGAAGGUUUUUCAAAACUCUUGGCAUUCACAGAUAGUGGUUAUGCGGGUGAUCUUGAUGAUAGAAGAAGUACAUCUGGAUAUGUGUUCAUGAUAGGAUCUGGAGUUGUAUCCUGGUCAUCUAAAAAACAGCCUGUGGUGACUUUAUCAACUACCGAGGCCGAAUAUAUCGCAGCAGCUCUAUGUGCUUGUCAGUGUAUAUGGCUAAAGAGAAUCUUGAGAAAGAUUGGAGUGGAGCAGGUUGAAGGAACUAUAAUUCAAUGUGAUAGCAGCUCUGCCAUUCAGUUGGCUAAGAAUCCAGUUUUUCACGAAAAAAGUAAGCAUAUUCAUGUGUGA